AUGGCCUCAAGAACUUCAGCAGAGAGGGUGCAAGAUGAAGCCGUAUGUCCUAUCUGCCUGGAGUACCUGACGGAGCCUGUGACUCUAGACUGUGGGCACAACUUCUGCCUCGCCUGCAUCACUAAGCACUGUGAGACAUGCACAGAGGGGGACUCUGACCCUUUGUGCUGCCCCAGCUGCAGAGCCCAGAUCCGGAGACAGAAUUUCCAGCUGAACUGGCAGCUGGCAAAUAGAGUAGAGCAAGUUAAAUACUUGCAUGUUGAAGCAGAGAGAGAACAAAAAGUGAAUCUAUGUGCAAGACACAAGAAAGAGCUGAAGUUGUUCUGUGAGGAUGACAGAGAAGCCAUUUGUGUGAUCUGCAGAGAGUCCAAGGAACACAGAGCUCACACUGUGGUUCUCAUAAAGGAUUCUGCCCAGGAGGACAAGGAGGACAGCAGCAUCUUGAGCAGGCGUAUGGAGGUGAAGCUCUAGCACCAAGUGGAGAUUUCUCCUGAACUGGCUGAGAGCCUCAAUACUUAUAACCAAAGUAAUUCUCUAAUGGAGACUCAGAGGAAAUUCAAAGGUAACAAUAGCAGUGAAAACGCAGCACCAUGGACCAGCAACCUGAGUACAUACCUAGAGUACCCAGCAGGCUUGUACUGGAGAAAAAAAAUAUUUCAAUCUAUGGGACCAGAUGAGAAAGUGAAUAUGACUUUGGAUCCAGACACUGCUCAUCCCUAACUUGUCCUGUUUGAGGAUCAGAAAAGUGUGAGAUGGGGAUUCACACAGCAGAAUCUGCCCAACAAUCUGGAGAGAUUUGACAAUGAUCCUGUUGUACUGGGUUGUGAGGAAUUCACCUCAGGGAGAAAUUGCUGGGAGGUGGAGGUGGGAGAAGCAAGAAGCUGGGUUUUCGGGGUUGCAGAGUCUGUGAGCAGGAAGGGAAGGAUCAGUGUUAGCCCUGAGCAGGGCUUCUGGGCUUUGUGGCAGAGGGGGGCAGGGUGGUUGGUGGCUUACACUUCCCCUGAGGGGACUCACCUCCCUCUUGCUGAUAAACCUAGGAGGAUCCGGGUCUGUCUGGACUACGAAUGGGGGCAGGUGACAUUUUUUAAUGUUGAUAAUGAGGCCCUGAUCUUCACUUUCCCACCGGCCUCUUUCUCUGGGGACAAAAUCUACCCUUUCUUCUCAGUUGGGGAAAGAGGAAUGUACACAUCUUUCUCAUACUUGUGUGGGCCAUCCCAUAUCACAGUGUGUCCCUGAGACAUGGAGGAAAAUAUCCCAAUGACUCUGAAGAACGUCACAAGGGUGGAGGAGUCUGCAGCCUUCAGUGGCAGAAAAUGAGAGAGAGAGAGAGGUAGAGCCCAGGGAGAGAAGGUGAUGGGGGGAGUGUGAGUGGAGUUUGGAGAGGGGAAAACCUAUAGCGAAUAUGUUUGGGAGUGGAGAGGUGAAGCUUGGCUAAGGAGAUAGGAGGGGAGGGUCAAUACCCUUCAGAACAACAUACACAAACCUUAACGUGCAUUGGAGAAGGGGAAACCUAUAUGGAAUAAAUGUAAUUCUCUUGCAGAAAGGAAUGGAAAAUGCUUUAAGGGAGAAAUUAGGAAAGAAAAUCCUUCUUUGAGCCAAUUUUAUCUUCACUGUACUUUGCUUUGUCUGUAUCACUGCAACAGAUCUUAAUGUCAAGAUAAAUUCUGGCAGUUCAAUUAACACUCUGCCUUUUAGUAGCUGGCAUGUUUUGGCUUUGACUGUCACCCACCCCCAUUCAGCAUGGUCCUCUGUCCACUUCUAGCAGUAGCAGGAAAGACUGAUAAUCCUGCUACAGCCUUAGCUAACAGAGCUGGGUCUCAUAGCUCAGGCAGUGGUGUCUCAUGCUUUAAGAUCCAGAGAGCUCCACUUCACUUUUAGCUGACAAUAACUCCUUCGCCCUCCA